AUGGACGCAAUCAAGGCGGAUUCGGACAAAGCUAGUCUUGGGGAUAAUUCCGAUCGUCUUGCGCGCAUCGAGACAAUUCGCCAACGAACAAUAUCCCUCCGGAAAGCCCAGACAGAAAACUGGCUAAUCGGAGAGCUAUCCAGAGACGACCGUUGGAACCUCCAAGAGAGUGAGGAAGUCGACGAUGGGACUGGCGGCAAACAAACGGUACACCGUACCACUGUUGUGACCGUGGACAAUGCGGAUACCGGAGUUCCAGGCGAGGACAGUAUAUCCAAAUACCAAGGUAUCAAUUUUCCAGCAACGUUUGAAAAGUCAGGCAACAAGGCAAAGAUUCAAGACAAGAAGCUUAACAGUGGAGAAGAUUUUGAGACUUGGGUAAGUUUCCUUCCUCCAAUGUACUAG